GCAAUGUGCGACUCAGGUUUUGUUUCUUAACCGAAUUCUAAUUUCCAUUCUAGCUAAGGAACAAUGGCUGUUUCGAACUUUUCCAAAGUUUUCGGGUAAGGCUCGUGUAAACAAGGCGGCUGAGGCACCUGCCCCACCACACACCAUUCAGGCUCGGGGCAAGUGUGAUCUCGAAAUUGGACCUCACAUAUUUCCGGAUACCGUAUUUUACGAAGUUCAUUAUCUUCCAAUGCAGCCGUCCAUUUCGCCUUAUCCGCAUCAGGGUAACCCACCGUCCUGGCAAGCAACGACGCCGUACAGUGCAUCACAGGUUUCCUACAGUCAAGCUUCCGCAAGUAUGAACCGCCAAGCGGUUCAGACUACAGGGGCUGCCGCAACCGUUGAAAAGUCGACAUCUCCAUUAAUAUCCUCGCUUACAACCGUGACGACCAUUACUCCUGCCUUAAUCAACCAGGUCAAUUCUGCUGCUUCAUCCAAUCCCAUACUAUCAAAUUUACUUCAGUUGGCUGCGGCAGGCCGCGCUAGCCCCGACCAACUAAAAACACUUGGACUUCUUAUCCAGUCAUUGGCUGCGGCGGUUGAUACGCCGUUUCCAUCCACGUCUUACCUCCCCGCGCAACAAGUCAAUCCAGGUAUACCCGCGACAACCAGUCUCCCGGGAUCAUAUCAUCCCACGACUUCGGCAUCUCCUCUCAAAGAAUUUGAUGUUGUCGUUGAGUUUCGUGAGACACCAUCCGAAAAGUGGAUUUUACCUCGCGUUCCAGCCACUUGCGACAAAGCGCAAGAUAACGACGACAUGGUUAUCAACAUUCGCGUGCCUUUCGACAAACCACAAGAGCCACAUGCCUCGGAGAGUUCGCACCAGCCGGAUGCUGUUCAAAUUCCCAUUCCCCAAAUAGCUAGUUUACGUUUGAAGAAGGCUCCAGCGACCAUUUGGAACACAAUUUCGAGAUGGAUUGGUGGUGAAGAGAAGAUCAAAGCGAAUCGCAAGAUACUGGAUGAACUGCAGUCGACGAAUCGCGCCUUCCUCGGUUAUCAGCUGCCUCUUGGGGCCCUGCUCACUCAGCUGCAGACGAUCUCCCUCCAACAAUUCGCCAUGAAACCACUGAAGCAUGGUCCGUCAACGAUACCUGCCCGUGCUCCCCGCCAGAAGCGCACAUAUACACAGCGCAAGACAGGCGUCGAUGGCAAGCUGCAACGCAAGGCCUCGACCUCAAACAGUAUUGACACCUCCGAUACUCGCAAACGGCCACGCCUUUCUCAGUCAGGCUCACACAAUAGUCAAAUACGAUGCAUUUCGUGCAGCCAAACCGACGUUCCUCUCAUUUUGGGCGGACGUUUUUGUCGGCCUUGCGUUGACAAUGGGAAAGCGAUUGGAACAACCGUAAUUUCUUCGGGUGCGCCAGGCACUUCACCUUUACCAACCUCUUCAAGCAUUGUAGUUCCCUCAGAAGAGCCGGUUUCUAGCUUAGCUUGACUAUACGUUAAGUAGGAAAAUGCGCAAGCCAGGGUUGACGGCACGGAAUUGCGUAAGUGUCGAGUAGCGUAUAUAAAUCCUGCGGUAAUACAUACACCAAAAUUACAAAUACUCA